CGCCACGCCGCCACGGUACUCCCGCCCCUGCACGCCGCCUGCCACGGUGUGACAAGGUGUGACAGCCAAGUAAUAUGAGGGACCCCGUCAGGCCCUUGCCCUCAACCCUUUCGGUGCCUGCCUUAAACUUUCUUACGUCUGGAACUCACUUCUCUUAAACCACCAACCCGAACUCUCGUACGCUUGGCACCAUUCCCUCCUGCUGCCCUCUGCCUUCCUCAGUGCCAACUCUGCUACGUCUGGCAUCGCUGUCCAAAGAUUAAUUUCACCUCCACGUCACCGGCAGCCUUGUCACACGAUUCCUUCCUACUUCCUCCUCCUUCAGUUGCACGUCCGUCAUCGCCACCACCACCACCACCACCACCACUACCACCAAUACCACCACCAUCACCAUCGCAGUUACCUCAGUUGGUCACGCCCCAUCCAUCACCGUCACCACCACGGACAUCCAUUAAUAAUAAAGCCCUCAUCACCUCGUCACCAACUCGCGUGAACUGCCAACUGUUUUCACCCCGUCACCAAUUCACACAAUCUUAUCGGUUUAGUUUUGAUAUUUAGGUGUCACAUUAACUCCACACACAUCACUUCUUCUCGUCACCAAGCCAUAAGUCACCAUCAAAAUCACAGGUCUCACUAGUACCCUUAACAUUUCACCAGUGCCUCAAGACAGGAUAGCUCACCAGUCAGGCACCAGCAUCACCACUUCUUUCACCAUCACGAGGUCUGUUAUUAUCAUGUUCCUUCUGAGGCAUCCCCUGUUACUACUGCAGACUUGACAGGAUCCUACAAAACUUUCCCACAGGUUUAAUAAGGAUCUUGCUCCUUUAACCACCACCAUCACCAUCACCAUCACCAUCAUCAUCACCACCACCACCACCGCCAACAUCAGCAAUCAAAGCAACAAUAACAACAACAACGACGACAACAACAACAAAUACUUGUCCGUUAUCAUCAAAAUCCUUCCACACACGAAAAUAACUAAAGGAUCCUUAUUUUCACAUCACAUACGUUCUGUCACACACACACACACACACACACACACACACACACACACACACACACACACACACACACACACACUUUCUCACAACAUUACCUCUCGCACUCCUCAACUCCUUUAAAGGACGCUAACCUCCUUUUCCUCCUCCUCCACCGCCUCCUCCUCCAAACCUAGCCACUCAUAAUACGCUCCCCCGACCUUUCCACCCACCUCGCUCUUCCUUCCCCCUGCGACGUGGAGGGGGAGACCGCCAAGAUGAUGUGCGGGGCGGGGAGGGACGGCAAGGUGCGGCCGGCGAGAAGCGUGAAGCACCGCCGCUCCAUCACCACCUCCCUUGGCUUGGAGCCCCUCAAGGACGGCCACAUGAUGGACCCCAAGGAGCGUGUGUUCUUGGAGGCUGCGGAGCGUGGCGAUAAGCACACAAUGAUGCGCUGCCUCUCGCCGCCCUCAGCUGUCAACGUCAACUGCACUGACAUCCUGGGCCGCUCCGCCAUCCAGAUCGCCGUGGACAAUGAGAACGUGGAGAUCGUGGAACUUUUACUACUACAGGAGAACGUGAAAAUAGGAGAUGCUUUGCUGUACGCCAUCACGGAGGGUGUGUAUAAGAUUGUAGAGAUGCUAAUCAACCACCCAAGCAUCACCCCGGAAAUGCUCGCCAACGACUGGGUCAAGGUGAGGGCAGGGGGCGAGGAAUCGAGUGACUUCGACCCAAACAUCUCGCCCAUCAUUCUCGCCGCGCACUGCAACCAGUUCGAGAUCCUGCAGCUCUUUUUGUCACGAGGCGCUUACAUCGACAAGCCCCACCCGCUCUCCUGCUCCUGCCGCCAGUGCACAGAAUGCUUCCACGCAGACUCCUUGCGGUACUCCCUCCGCCGCAUCCACACCUACCGCGCCCUCGCCUCGCCUGCCUGGAUCUCCCUCACCACCGAGGACCCCAUACUGGCAGCCUUUAAAUUAUCGUGGGAGCUGGAGAGGCUGGCCCGAGUGGAGAAUGAGUUCAAGGACACAUAUCUGGAGCUGAGCGAGCAAUGCAAGAAGUAUACCUGCGAGCUGCUCCACCAAUGCCGCUCCACGCAAGAGGUGAUCGCCGUGCUGAACAGAAGGAGUGAGGAAGACUCGGACAAUGACGACGACGACGACCCACAGCAACUGAAGCUCUCGAGGCUUAAGCUGGCACUCAAGUACGACCAGAAGCAGUUCGUGGCUCACCCCAACUGCCAGCAAUUACUGACGUCCGUGUGGCAUGAAGGUCUUCCAAUAUGGCGGAGGAGGAAUGCGGUGGUGAAGAUCCUGCUGUGCUUCUCCAUCAUCAUCUGCAUGCCACUCAUCGCCAUCAUCUACCUCAUCUUCCCUCGCACGCGCCUCGGCAGGGUCAUCAGAUCACCAUUCAUGAAGUUCAUCUAUCACAGCGCCUCCUUCGGGCUUUUUCUGGUGUUGCUGGUGCUCGCCUCGACGCGCACGGAGGGCAGCGAGAGGCACCGCAGGAACGUGAGGGGGCCGGCGCCGACCUUCGUGGAGUGGCUCAUCUUCUUCUGGGUCACGGGCAUGGUGUGGGCUGAGUGCAAACAGCUGUGGGAGGAAGGACUCACGGCGUACAUAAGGCAGUGGUGGAAUUGGCUGGACUUCAUCAUGUUGUCCCUCUACCUUUGCACCUUCAGUCUGAGAGCUGUGGCGUUCGUUCAAAUCACAACCAACAAAUACGGGCCCAGGGAGGUGCCUCGAGCGCACUGGCCAGCCAAUGACCCGACGCUCAUCGCAGAAGGGGUGUUCGCAGUGGCCAACGUGUUCUCCUUCGCCCGGAUAAUCUACCUGUUUCAAACUAAUCCUCACCUGGGUCCUCUUCAGAUCUCCCUCGGCUGUAUGAUCAUAGACAUCGCCAAGUUCCUGUUCAUCUUCUUCCUGGUCUUGACAAGUUUCGCCUGCGGCCUAAACCAGCUCUAUUGGUACUACGACUCCCCCGCCGCCACCUGCAACACCACCUCGGGGGACUACGCCUGCCACACGGGGUCAGACGCCUUCAACACGUUGGAUGUGACCUUUGCUACGCUGUUUUGGUCGCUGUUCGGUAUCAGUUCUCCCAAGAGCACUGACCUUGAGGAGGAGCACGUGUUUAUAGAGACCGUGGGCCAGGGUCUCUUCAUGGCCUACCACGUCAUGUCCAUCAUUGUCCUCAUAAACAUGCUCAUUGCUAUGAUGUCCAACAGUUUCCAGCAGAUUGAGGACCAUGCCGAUCAGGAAUGGAAGUUCGCACGGUCGAAGCUUUGGAUGAGUUAUUUUGAUCCCGGUUCUACUCUGCCGGCGCCCUUCAACCUCAUCAUCAGCCCCAAGUCAGUCUUCUACCUGAUGCGGAAUGUCAAGAACUGCAUGCAAUUCAUCUGCUUUAGGAGAGGAAGGACGCGGCCGGACAAGAGGAACUUCGGCAUGGAGAAAGGUGCCUUGCAGGUCAGCCCGAGUACCUGCCGAAGCACUCUGCACUUUUUAUUCACGGGCGGGCAGCACGCGCCUCGUCCAGGGAAACACAGCAGGUACGCCGAGGUGAUGCGGCGGCUGGUGUCCCGCUACAUCCACCAGACCAAGAAGCAGCACCGCCAGGACGGGGUCAACGAGGAUGACCUGCUGGAGAUCAAGCAAGACAUCUCGAGUCUCAGGUAUGAGCUGCGGGAGGACAGAAAGCGAGAAACGGCGAGGGCGUACGGCCAGAUGGACUCCAUAAAGAAGGACAUCCUGCGCCUCCUCAAGCAGAGUGGUCGGGUCGGCAGUCGAGGGCGGGAGGCGGAGAGCGGAGGGACGGCGGGGGGAGCCUCAGGCAACCCAGUAGUAGUAACUACCCCUGCCGCGCCCUGUCCGGCCUGCUCUCAGACGCAAGGAGUCGAGCCGGGGCUGAGCAGCGGGGCCAGCGGGCUGGGUAUCAUCCAACAACACUCGGUGGACCUGGGAAUGCUGGGCCGCGACGCUUCAGCCUCGCUCGGUGCCGCCGUCGACAUUACCGUCACUCCGGCCUCCUCCCUCCCCUGCAACCUCACCUACUCGCAAGGUAACCUGACAGGGUGUCUGUUGGCGCCGCAGGAGAUGGACUACUUACGCAAGGAGAUCGUGAGCAGCCUGCGUAAUGAGCUGAGGGACAUGCUGCGUGACGCCCUCACCCGCGCCCUCACGCCUACCACCACCAUGUCCUCCCACACCUAUUACUCCCCGACGCCUACGCCCAACCCAACGCCACAGUUUGUGACUCCCCAUAUGACCACACCCCAGUUUUCACUCCCGGCGCCGCCCUCCCAAUCUAGCGCCCCCAGCGGCCUUCCUUCCCCCACCUCCACCACCGCACCGCCACAUUUCCUUGUGGCGGACUCAUCUUCGGGUGGUGACUCCUGUGGUGCUCAAAGACUCUGUCCCAGUCCCAGUCCCAGUCCCCAGCAAGUAAUCAGGUCCACGCCCAGCCCAGUCCCACAAGCCUACAGUCCAACGCAACCUUGCCCGUCGCCUCCCGUCGGGGCCAGCGGCGGUGUUGUUCACCGGACCGUGCAGGAGCCAACCACAGCAGCAGCGUCAAAGUCUCCCACUUCUCAGGACAUCCUCCUUCGCCCACCAAAUGAGUCCGACCGUGUACACACCCACAUGUACACCCAGCUGUAGGCGUUACGUGGUGCACACAGGGCUCAUAGCAACAAAACAGCCGCCGGACACUAUUUCUCACAAUGAGGUGCUCGUUGAUGUCUCUCGUUGAUGAUCACAUCCGUCGAGUGAAGGUCAGCCACCGGAACGCCACGCUAACUCGCAUUCAGGACAAAUACACCUCCGGUCACGCACAUAGUAACCAACCUUCACACGCCCUCAACUACACAAACAAAGAAAAAAACUUGCUCCAUAUCCGGGAGACGAAGUUGACGUACUAGGUGAUGUGUGAGCGGCAGAAAUUAUGGUGUUUAGUAUAAUGGUGGAGCAUUCAGCUGCCUGCAUACUGGAAAAAUCACAGCUCUAAUUUUAAAGUAAUUUCUUUGUUGGCGAGGUGCCUUGUUCAUCACAUAAAGAGGAGGAGAAGCAGGAGGAGGAGGAGGAGGAGGAGGAGGAGGAGGAGGAGGAGGAGGAGGAGGAGGAGGAGGAGGAGAAAAGUUUCAAAUUUAGGAACGAUUUCGGAAACAAGACAAAAGAUGAAACAUUCAGACCUUUUUUCACUUCUCUACGUCGUCUAUCUGAUGGUGUCGGAAAGCACAACCUUCAGCAGGUCUUUGUUAGGAUCCAACCCACACAGCAGUGGCGAUGUCUUGCAUGGCUACGUUGAGAAUAUUACAGAAACUGACAAUAAUGGAACGAGGAGGAGGACGAAUCACGGCUGCGAGUCCUUGGAGUGGCAAGUGUGUGAAGGAGCCACUAACUGCCAAGAUUGAAUUAGAAAAUGAUGGAGCCAAAGUGCGAGUAUUUAACGUGUACAGUGGACGGCUAGAGUGAACCGCGAGGAUUUAAGCGUUAGUGUGUCGUGUUGAGUAGAGCGAGUCGCGUAGAGAGGCAGGACGCGUUUGUAGAUAGGCCGCGUAGAGAGGCGCAUGUAGUGUUAAGUACGUCAAUGAAUCUGAGUGAGCCACUGGUGUGCGUCGCGUUGGGUUAGCGACACGUAUUAGGAAACUGGCAUCGCUGUAGAUAGAGCAUUAUUGUUUCUCUCUCUCUCUCUCUCUUUCUCUCUCUCUCUCUCUCUCUCUCUCUCUCUCUCUCUCUCUCUCUCUCUCUCUCUCUCUCUCUCUCUCUCUCUCUCAAUGAACGAUUUUGUAGCCAUUUUGUAGUAUUAUGACGCGAAAGUGAGAGUGUGUAUGCAAAAAGAAGCGCUUUUACCAAAUCACACACACACACACACACACACACACACACACACACACACACACACA